CACAUGUUGUUUUCUUUCUUUUCUAAAUUGAAUUUAAUUUCAAAUAUCAAAAUAUAAGAAUUAAAAAUAGAUUUUAAAAUACCUUUGUCAAUCAAAACAAGGAAGUGAACCAUAUACGAUAACAGGGCUGCCUUCCAAGAAAUGGACGAAGAAAGCGAGAACGAAACGGACUGUAACGCCAGUGUAAGACAAAUCUACAUUGGUGGUCCCCAGACCUCGGACACGCGUUCCAAAGAAAGCCCUGUUUAUGGGGGACCGUCAUUACACAGCACGCAGGAGGUCACGUUGGAUCUACGACGCACUGUGUGUACAUCUGCCGGAGGAGGCGACAGAGAAUAUCCUGCUCCGAUAGUUAACCCGCCACCGAUUCUGCAGGUCCCACGCUCCACUUUUGACCCUGGGACGCACUAUUCGUGUGCCGAGCCACUACAGUCAAUAUCCGCUGAUGGGGGUGUUGAGUGCGAUGGUCACAGGCAGGAGCACAGUCCGGUUGGAUCGCCUGGUGUUGCAAAGAUGGAGCAAUUUGUGGCAAGCGGCUCGCCCUAUAAGAAGGCAGGCAAAAGGAAGCCCCGCCGUUGCAGCGCAAAGCACCCCAAGUACAUCAGCUACGACAAGCGCUUUGAAUCAUUCAAUGGCUGGCCGCGUGGUCUUCCAAGUCCGAAGAAGAUGGCCAAAGCCGGGUUUUUCUAUGAAGGUACCCGUGUUGUUGAAAACGAGACCUACAUCGACAUGGUCACGUGCUACCAAUGUGGUAAGACCCUCCAUUCCUGGACAGGCACUGACGAUCCGGUGGAGGAGCACCGUCGGAUUUAUCCGACAAAGCCCUGCGUCAAACAUCUACUGUAGGCGCUGUUAAAGAACGAGUGAACAAAACCAGUUGACUGAAAAUACACUUUAAAGAGCGUUUUAAUCCUAAAAUAUUUUUCUCCAUCAAUAGAAGUUUUCUUAAAUUGAAAAGUACAGUUAAAGUGCGGUAUUUUUACAUUUGACCAGCUUAUGUUAUCAAAGUUUACAUCUAAUGAUUACAUUUACAGUCUAGUUAAAUAAGUUGCAGACUUGGUGUUUGAGUGAAUAUUUGUUUGUUUGUUUUUUGUGUAUUUUCGCUUGAUGGUUUUGUUUCCAUGUCGGGUGAUUGUUUUUUCUCUUUAUCCUCUGUCCAUUUUCUUUCUGUCUUUUCCUUUCUUCAACUCCACUGAUGAUGGCACCGAACCACUCGUAUAUCAAUAUUAAAAAAACUAAGUCACAUGAAAACCCUUAUAAAUGCGCGUAAAUUUGGAUUCAAUACAUUCUUUUUUAAACAAAGUAGGUUAUUAUUGGGGGCUGUCUCCAUGGCAUACAUUUAAAAGAACUAGUCACCAGUUAAAAAGUUGAUCUUGCCUUUACGUAAUAAUCAACUGCGAAACCUUGAAAUGCACAUUUUUUACCCGGUAAACUCAGUCUAGACAGCGACAAAAGAUUCCUUUAAUCGUGUAAAUUGAUGUUUUAUCGGCUCAAUACUAGCUCGUAUUGACAAUUCUAGACUUACUGUAUUUGGCCCUUUUAUGGACCAUCUAGUGUCCCUUUAAUGCUAAUUUUGAUGUCUGGUGACCCCUACCAAUUUGUUAUCAUCUAAAUGGUAUAUUUUUGCUUAUUACUAAGAAUUAAAAUAAAUGAUCAUAAGUUCAUCAUACAUUAAGUUAUAACAGUUUGAAUGUCUUUAUUUCACCUAAAAUCGGACGCAAAUGGCGUAUUUUAAGGACUUAAAGCACUAACGUGUGAAAGUAUUUCCUGUAAAUGUUUAGCUUUUCUUUUUGAACACAUAACCCUUUUAAUGCUACCACAGAUAUAUGGGGUCACCUGGUGCAUCCAAAAUUCAUAUAAUUGUGGUUAGGAUUAUAAAUAUCAAAUUCUAGUUUUUAGGCAUCAUACAAAAAUAUAUUAUAUUAUAUUAAAAAAUACAUAUUAUUUCAAGGGUUGAUAUAAUUACUUUUCAAUAUGCUAUUUAUGCACAACUUUAAACUUAGAACGUAUAUCUAUUUUCACAGAUUUAUCAGUAGGAAUCCGUAAUAUUAAAGCUUGUCUAAAAAGAGUUUUUAAGGCAUUAUUUCCAAUAAAAAGGCAUCUUCAUAUUUAUACUUUUUAAGAUGGUAUUUUUACACAACUAUAAACUUGCUAUGUACAUGUGUUCUGUUUGAAACUGUAUUCUAUCUAUAAACAAAAAAUUUCUU